CACAUUGCAAAGCCCCUAAAACCAAUCGAGCAAAAUGCACUAAACCUACCCACCAUAUAAACAGCUCCCCCACGAAAGAAACUUUUAGACUCUCUUGGAUCAAAAAUACGAUUUCCCCCAGAAAUGGCUAUCCUCGAUGAGACGACUUUCGAAAUGAUAAACCCAUCUCGUUUCACUACCUUCACUUUCCCAAACCCUUGCGACUCCACCGCCACCUCACUCCUCCGCGUCGCCGUUCUCGACUCGCCUUUCCAACCCCCCGCCGACCCACCCCGAGUCGCCGCAAUGCUCGUCCCCAAACACCGCCACUCCGACUGGAUAUUCUCCACCCACUCCGGCCAUCUCCACCUCCUCCUCAGCUCCCCCGGCAUCUCCCGCCUGAUCCUCAUCGGCGACAGCUCUCACCACUCGCCUCCAAUCUACCGCCGUCCGCUCAAAAACGACGACACGUCGUGUGACGACGAACUCGCGGUGAGCCUGAAACCUCUCUUCCUUGCUUUAUCUCCCAAGUCCUGCUUUAAACACGGCAUUCCUGAGAUACCCAUUUUGAGUUACGAAGAUAAUUUGAUUUCUAGUUUGGUUUUGGAGAAAUGUGUUGGAUCUUUGGUUGGUGAAAUGGUGGUGGAGGAUGUGGAGAUUGACGUUGGUGGUGAGGUUUCAACGAGGGAGUUCAGGAGGCGUUUGAGGUUUAAAAGAAUGCCCAAUUUGAUUCAGACGGAGGUGCGUAUUGUUCCCAAAAUGGGUUUUGGUUUGGAUUGUGUAGGAAUUGGACAAGUUGAGUUUAGGCUAGAUGAUAGUGUUUUAGUGCACUCUUAUUUGGUUCCUAUGGUCGCAAGUCUUAACCUGGCUGCUCCUUACAUUGAGGGGCGGAUUCAAAGUGGGGUAAGGCCAAAAGCUUUGUGUUUAGGAGUUGGGGGUGGGGCUUUGCUUGGUUUCUUGAGAACCCAAUUGGGUUUUCAGGUUGUGGGUGUGGAAGCCGAUGAGGAGGUGCUAAGGGUUUCUAGGCGGUAUUUUGGGCUGGACGAUAGAGAGCACAUCAAAGUUUGUGUUGGAGAUGCAUUGGAAUUUAUAGAUAAACUUGCUGGUGCCUGCGAGGUAGAGGUUGGUUGUGACGUGGGCAGAGGCAAUGAUGUUGAUACUAAGUUUGAUGUGAUUAUGGUUGAUUUGGAUUCAAGUGAUGCUUGGGACGGUCUAAUGGCUCCGCCAUUGGAGUUUGUUCAGAAGCAUGUCCUUUUGUCAGCCAGAUCAAUUCUCUCUGAAAAUGGAAUCCUAGCUAUAAAUGUGAUUCCUCCAAAUACAUCAUUUUACAAGACAUUGAUCCAUGGGUUUCGAGAUGUUUUCAAUGAGUUGUACGAAAUAGAUGUGGGAAAUGGAGAAAAUUUUAUUCUUAUUGCUGUGACAUCUCCUCUCAUGCCUUCUAGUGAUUGUGAGAACUGUUUCCUCAUCAAACUAGGAAAAGCUAUAUCUGGGGCAUACUUGAAUUCCAUAAAGAAGAUCUAAGCUUUAGUCCUAUCUUUGUUAAAGGGAGUAGCUAUGGGUGUGGGGAAUACAUAAAAGCAUAGAAGGAGCCAUUCUUUGUUAUGUUAUGUGGGUAAGGAAAGGAGAAUGGUUGAACAGCCAAGAUACUUGGAAUAGUUCUACCUUCAGGCCCCAAAAUUUUAAUUAGUCUACUUCUACAUGGAUUGGAGGAGAGAAGAUGAGAGAGUAGAAAAACUCUGUACAACAGUAAUUCUUGUUUACACUUUAACUUGCCCUCCAAGUUUCCCUUUUUAUCCCAAAUACCAUGGAGAUAGAGGAAUUCAAUGGUGGCUACUGUGUUUAGAGUGAAACAUGCCCAAAGAGUUUGCUUGGGAGUAUAAACUGCAAGUGUUCUCCUGCGAAGCGAAGAAACCGACAUUAGGCAACUGAUUGAUUGGAAUAGAAUGCUGGACAGGUCUUUUGGGGAAAUAGAUAAUUAAGUGAGCAGCAAUGAGCCAGGUAGAUUCUGACGGUGGCAUUGGUCAGGAAGAUUUGGACAGUAGCACUGGUGGCUUUAUUGAAUGUGGAGCUGGCCAAGUAAAUGGACUAUGUUUGCAUUGUCAAGUGGCCAGAAG